AUGAAAAUUGCUGCAAAAAUAAGGAUGUAUUAUGGUAUUAAAAGAAGUAAAAUAAUUUACUAACUUUCCCCCCCCCAUCCUUGAUCGAAUGAUUCGCCAUCAUUCGAUCAAGGAUGGGGGUUAAAAAAAAAUUUUUGGGAAAAAAAAUUUAUAUAUAAAAUAAACAAAAUAUAUAUAUUUUUAUUUACUUUUAAAAUAAGAGGGUUAAGAGUAUUUAAUAAUUAUUUUUACAUCAAAAAAUUGAAUUAAUUUCAUAAAAUACCAAUUUUUAAUAUUUUGAUUUAUUAGUUACCCUUUUAAACUGUAUAAAUUUUAAUUUGUUCCUUAUUGAAUUAAAAUUUUUUUUUUAAAAAUUUAAAGAAUCUCUAUUUUUUAGAUUAUUGAGUUUUUAAGCCUAGGUUGAUGACUAAAUCACUUCGGAUAGUUGAUUCCGUAGCUUUCUGUCGUCUCAAGCUCUGAAAACAACUUCAUUAUGUACAUCUUCCCAAGCUUUUGAUAACUAAUAUAUUUUUAUAUAUUUAAAAAAUUGCAUGAUAUGAAAAUCGUUCGAUCAAGGAUGGGGGUUAAUUUCCCCAAUUUUUAGGAAUUUUUACAGUCAAUCGUUCGAUCUAGGAUGGGGGGACUAAAAAUAAUUAUAUUUAUUGAAUUGAUAUGGGAGCAUAUUUUUCUUCUCGCAAUCCUGAAUUAAAAAAUCUGGACUUGAAGAAGCCUGUUAAAUUCAUGGCGACUAUGCUUACGAAAUGUAAAUAGUAUUCAGGAAAUAAGGAAGAAAUUUCGAAAUUGUUUACUCUGCCUAUCUUUAAAAGUUGUGUAAUAGUGAAGGCUUUAGCCCUGACCAUCCAUUUUAAUUUUUAAAAAAAUUUGCACUUGUCAAUUUCGAAAAUGAUAAAUCUCCGUUUAUUUUUAAGAUGUAUAAUUAGAUUUAGUGUAUAGCAAUCUAUAAUGAUUCAUGGGUUAUAAUGUCAAAUCGUAUAAGGCAAUUUAGAAGAUUCACAAGCUCACAAAAUAUUGGCGAAUUUUAUAUUGAUAAUGGAAUGAUACGCAUCAUCUUCAGGUCUUCUAACGCUCAAGGAAUGGAAAACGAAAUCUUACGUAUAUUUCAUGUAAAAGGCCGAGUAAACGCUAUGGAAAUUCUUGCAGUUUUGAUUCUUUAUUCCACAUUGAACUGAAAAGAAAAAAUAAAAAUCAUGCUAAACGUCUUUGACUUUGAUGGAAAUAAAGCAAUUUCUAAAGAUGAGAUGGUUAUCUUAUGUCAGUCUUUUUUGAGAGGAUUUUCUUGUGUAACUGAUAAUCCAUUAAUUUCAAUAGAGGCUUGCAAAAUUUUAGCUGAAAUUGUGUUUGAUCAGGUUGGAAAAGACGCUAACGGUCUUUUAACCUACGAUGAUUUGUGUGGGUGGAUUAGUAUAUCAAAUUCGCUGCACUUUUUCGCUAUUGACACCUCUCCCUCUUCUUCUAGUCUUAAAAUUAUUAAAUUAGUAAUUCUUAACUUUUAUUUUAAAAUUUGGGAUUUAAAAAGAUGGCCUAACCCAAGUCCGAUCUAUAAAGAUACCUAAGGUAUAUAUAUAGCGAAAUCCAUGAGCUUUUUAUGAUAAAUCAGGUCGAAGAAGUUAAAAAUAUAAAAACGAGCCGUAGAAAAAGCAUUUUAGCUGGAAUUGGUCUUUACAAAACAAAUCAAAAUCGUCCAAAAAAUGAGUCAUAUUUUUCAGAAAAAUACAAAAAUUCUACGGAAAAGUACAGUCCUGCUCAUAAAAAAAGUAAAUCAACAGGAAAUCGACAAAGAAAAUUUUUCAUAGUAGGAAAUAAAAAUACACGAUACACAAAAGAGCUAAUAGAAUCUUUAUACGCUUUCUAUCAGAGUGCUGAGCAGAAUUCAAAAACUCCUUUGAAAUGUAAUCUCUAAUUAGCACUAAAAGCUGAAUUAAUCAAACAUCAAAAAUUCUCACAUCUUGCUCACAGCUUAACCCUUCAAUACCCACACCAUGAAAAUAUCACUUUUAAAGAGCUUCUUAUUUCUGCCUGCCCAAACGCUGAGCUAUUUCAAAUAAACCGAAUGAUAAAAUGAGUCAGAAAUGAAUCCAGCCCACUUCCUGCUAUAAAAAGAGCCCAUCAGGUAAGUAAACGAAAGUUAACAUUUGGCACCGCAAAUACUUAUAGACGCGUUUUUGAAAAAAUCGACACAAAUCAUGAUGGAUCUUUAGAUGUCCAAGAAUUAGAAGACGGCUUUAAAGAUGUCGCUUCAAAAGAAGGUAUUGAAAAAAUUUUCAAAGAAUUUGACACAGAUCAUAACGAAAAAAUUGAUUUAAAAGAGUUUUUCAGGCUAAUGGCACCUCCAAGCAUGGAAAUCACUGAUGAUAUUUUGAGAGUAUUUGAUGAACAAAAAUAA